AUGCCCGGGCAUCUCAGCUGCGGCGGGACGCGCAGACGCUUCCGUGAGCCCCGCCGCGCGCAGGGUCUGCACUCACCCGGGCCUGCAGCCCGCGAGCCUCCGACGCGAGCUGCCGACGCCUCCGGCCCAAUACGUCAACCAGACCCGGAGAGCGAGCUCUCAGCGGCUCCGGAGGCGGGCGGGUCACGUGACUUGGGAUUGUCUAAAGCCACGGGGAAGAUGGUGGAAAAUUCACCGUCGCCAUUGCCAGAAAGAGCGAUUUAUGGCUUUGUUCUUUUCCUAAGCUCACAGUUUGGCUUCAUACUUUAUCUUGUGUGGGCUUUCGUUCCUGAAUCUUGGUUAAACUCCUUAGGCUUAACUUACUGGCCUCAAAAAUACUGGGCAGUUGCCUUGCCUGUCUACCUCCUUAUCACAAUUGUAAUUGGUUAUGUGCUCUUGUUUGGAAUCAACAUGAUGAGUACCUCUCCACUUGACUCCGUUCAUACGAUCACAGAUAACUAUGCUAAAAACCAACAGAGGAAAAACUACCAAGAGGAUGCCAUCCCAGCAUUGAGAGACGUUCCCAUUAGUGAAGUAAACAAAAUGUUCUUCCUAGAAGCCAAAGAACUCAAUACCUAAAACUGAGAUGUAUAUACACAUCCUAAAACCAAACAUUUACAGUUGUGGGCUGAAUAAUUUUGAACAUAAUUAUAUUGACUAUCCUUUUAAUACCCAAUUACCCAAUAUUGACAUGCAAAAACAUGAAAGUUGAUUCCUUAGAUAUACUAUAAUCAACUUUGAGUAGAUCUAUAUGUACACACAGGCAUAUGUUCAUGGGUGUGUGAAUGCACAGUGUAUAUACAGGUCAGAGGACAACUUAGGCUAUCUCUCUUCAGGCACCCUUUGUUUGAGACAGGGUUUCCCAUUGGCCUCACUUCACUACUUACGGCAGGCUAGCUGGCCCACAAGCUUCCAGGCUCUACCUGUCUGCCUCCUACCCCACCCUUACUUUUGUGUGGAUGUAGAGAUCUGAACUCGGGUCCUCAUGCUUCUGUAGUAUAUACUUUACCAACUAAGCCAUCUCCCAGCCUAACAUAAAGCAACCAAGAAAGGA